AUGAUACCAGGGGAAAAUAUGUCAGCACAGAAUAGCAAUGCAAGCCCACCAGAGCUCAAUGUUACACUUCCAUUGAUGAGUGAUCUUCCUGAAACCUCAUUUGCUUGGAGCAAUGUUGAACUUCCUGUUGAUAUUCUUUUAUUAACAGCGGAGGACUGUGAGUUCUUAAGUUGCUUUGCUUACCUGAAGGAACCCUUUAAGAGUUACCACAUCAGUUCUGGCUAUGUGUACUUUGGGUGCAUGGGUGAUGAUCAAGGAAAGAAAAUGAAAAUUGCAUUGAUGAGGUGCUCCAAAGGUCCUGAUGUUCCUGGGGGUUCCUUGUCUGUUUCAAAAGAUGCCAUCUUGCUACUGAGACCCAAGGCUAUUUUUUCUGUCGGUGCCUGCAGUGGUUUGAACAGCAAAAAGGUCAAGUUAGGAGAUGUGGUUGUUUCAGCAAAGCUGAUAACAGCUGCACACAAAACUCCCCCCAGCAGAGAUAUUGGUAACCUGAUCAAACAUGUAGCUGAUGGGUGGAAGGCACCUUUACAAAAUGCUGAUGAAUAUGCUGCCAAAGUGCACUGUGAUGGAGUGGUUCUGAGUAUCUCAGAAGGAAAGAAAGAUAUAACUGGUCAACAUCCUGAAGCAAUUGCAGUUGAAAUGGAAGGUGGAGGUGAGAAUCAUAAUAAUUCAAAUAAUUGAUAAGCCAAGAAUUUUUGCACAUGUAGCAAAAGUGUUUUGAAAAACACUUCUCUGGCAUUGUCUCUGCUGGUACAAGAAAUAGCUUAUACCAUAUAACAUGCCCAGUUUGCAGGAAUUAUAUAUUGUGUAUUUAAAGUGAUUUGAUGUUUGGCAGGUGAAGGUGACUAAGACUUCUUCUGGAUAACUAAAUUGAAUGUGCUCCAUCAGGAUGUCAUGAAUUUUUUUAAAAUUUGUGGCAUGAAAAUUGUAAAAAGUAUUUUGUUAAAUAGUUUGAGAGCUGAGGAAUAGUAUCACAGUCCCUGUUAACCCUGAAACUCCCAUGGGUGACCAAGACAGAAUUUCUCCUUACAGUAUCAAUAAUUAUGAUAACAAGCAGACAAGUAAUGGGAAAAGGAAAAAGUGUGAAUUAGGGGAUUAUUGGUUGAUCCAAAACUAAAUUCUCCUAACUAACAUUAUAGGAAUUUUUAUGACAUACAUUAACCCUUUAAAUCCUAGAAGUGAUUAACAUGUAACUUCUCCCUGUAAUGUCCACACAUUAUCCAGCAAACAGUUGGUGAGAAUACUGAAACUCAUCAGUUACGAGUUAUUACCUUGAUCAAACAUCAAAUUCUUGUAACCAAUUUACAAGGAAAUGUGUAGCAGGUAGAAGGGAGAAUUGACAAUAAGAUCUUGGGAGUUUAAGGGUUAAAGAGAAUUACUAAAUAGAUCUUAAGUGUGAAAGGGUUAACUCUUACUGACAAAAGUUUGUCAUUUGAGAAAUGUUGAAAGUUACUUAUGAAACAAGACAAAGCCUGAAGAAUAAUUUUACAGUCUCAGUGUAAAUUUUUUUAAAUUACUGGUUGAAAACAAGUAGGUUUCUGUUCCAACUUAUGUCUUUCUGUAAUGUGCAUGUUUACAAGCAGCUAGAGUGUGAAUCUUUGUGAGCUUUGAUUGAACAAUUGCAUGUAUUUUAAGGAUGCAAAGAAAAUAAGCUUAUAAUAUAUAGUUAACAGACAUGAGUGUUUAUUUGUUUUGUUUUUCAGGAGUGUAUGCAGCAGCCCAUGAUUUUAAGACAGAAUGGGUGGUAGUCAAAGGCAUCAAAGACUUUGCAGAUGAAACACAGUCUCCAUGUAAGAAAUGGAAACAAAUUGCCUGUGUGAUGGCAGCAUCUGUUGUGGCCAACAUUUUGAAUGAUCCAGUCAUAUUCCAAGAUUGGCCUCACUUUAAUGCAGGUAUUUCUUCCUGUCUCAAUGUUCUCUUUUUACAAGGAUAG